UUCAGCACUAUCAUCAUCCACCGUGGCAGGCACACCGGAUUCGAUUUCCAGCGAGUAUAGAAUGCAGAUAGAUCCUGUAAUGACCAAGUUGUCCAUUCAUCAUCCUUCACACAAUUUAGUCUUCACCCCAUAACCUGCGGCGCUCCCAACCAAACACACAGCAAACAAAAUGGCCAUCCAAACACAAAACUAUACCGCACACACCACUCCCGUGCAAAACGCUCGUCUUCGACUCCUCAAUACCCUCCGCAAACAUGAAUUGGCCUUGAUGACCUUCAUUGCAAUUCCUUCUGUGCGACAUGCUCAAAUUGUGGCUAUGACCGGCCUAGAUGCUGUCAUUGUUGACUGCGAGCAUGGACACAUUGGUGACGAUUCAAUGCACAACUCUGUUGCAGCAAUUUCAUCCAUGGGAGUAUCUCCCAUUAUCCGUGUCCGUGGCUUCUCGCCUGACAUUUUGAAGCGUGCAUUGGACACUGGUGCGCACGGUCUCAUGGUACCUAUGGUCAACACAGCUGCAGACGCAGAGAGUGUUGUUCGCUACUCAAAAUUCCCUCCUCUCGGCCUCCGUGGCCAAGGUUCGGCAUUCCCAGCGAUUGGUCAUGGCCUGACGACCCCCGAGUACAUGAAGAGUGCCAAUGAGACACUUUUGACUAUCGUACAAAUUGAGACAAAGGAGGGCGUGGCCAAUGUUGAAGAAAUUGCUGCUGUACCUGGUGUUGACUAUCUUUUCAUCGGUCCCAAUGAUCUUGCACAGUCUGUACUCGGUUAUGUACCUGCUAGAGGCGAUGAGCCAGAAUAUGUGGAUGCCAUUCAGAGAAUUGUCGCAGCUGCCAGGAAACACGGCAAGUGGGUGGGAAGAUUGGUCAACGAUGGCCCCUUGGCUGUUGAAGCCGCAAAGCAAUUCGACUCUGUUGCUAUCACCGGUGAUACUAAGGCUAUCAGCAACUGGUACACAGCGCAGAUUGCCUGUGUCAGAGAAAACUAGACAGAUCACAUCUAUGAAAUCCUUUUACACGCA